AUGCCAAACCUGACUCACCUGGCACUCAAGGGAGGGGAUCUCACUGAGGAGUUCUACUCUACAUUGAAAGCAAAGGCACCAUUCAUACAGGUCCAGACUCUCGACCUGACUAAACACCAGUGUCCCACACCCGCCUCGUCACAUCACCUAUCAGAGGCAUUGUGUUCUAUGCCACACUUGACUGACUUGACACUCGAUGGAGGGGAUUUACGUGAGGAGUUCUACUCUACAUGGAAAGCAAACGCACCAUCCAUGAAGGUCCAGACUCUCAACCUGACUAAUCACGAGGUUCCCACACCAGCCUCAUCACAUCACCUAUCAGAGGCACUGUGUUCCAUGCCACACUUGACUGACUUGAGACUCUAUGAAGGGGAUUUACGUGAGGAGUUCUACUCUACAUUGAAAGCAAAGGCAUCAUCCAUAAAGGUCCAGACUCUCGACCUGACUAAUCACCAGUGUCCCACACCCUCCUCGUCACAUCACCUAUCAGAGGCACUGUGUUCUAUGCCACACUUGACUGACUUGAGACUCUAUGAAGGGGAUUUACGUGAGGAGUUCUACUCUACAUUGAAAGCAAAGGCAUCAUCCAUAAAGGUCCAGACUCUCAACCUGACUAAUCACCAGUGUCCCACACCCUCCUCGUCACAUCACCUAUCAGAGGCACUGUGUUCUAUGCCACACUUGACUGACUUGACACUCGAUGGAGGGGAUUUACGUGAGGAGUUCUACUCUAAAUUGAAAGCAAAGGCAUCAUCCAUAAAGGCAUGUGCAUUAAGCUUUACUGAUGUUCUAGUCAUCACCGAGUCGUGGCUCUCUGGAGACAGUGAGAGGGAUGGUCUCAUAUUAGCUGAUCUAAGAUCUGGAAGCCAAGAGGCGAAGGCGUCGUGCGGAACGUCGUUCGAUCAAGUCUGGACUUUUGAUAGAGAGCUGUACCGCCGUGAAUGCGAGUCAUAUUAUGAGUGCAUCUUCAAUGCGAAGUCAGCGUAUCUCAAAGAUCUCAUCAAGAAUGCUGACACUAAAGAACUGUUUCGUCUUGUGAAGACACUCUCAACGCCCACUCAAUCUUCACCUCUUCCAGAUCAUUCUUCUGAUAGUGAACUCGCCAACAGAUUUGCUACAUUCUUCAGGGAAAAAGUCGCCAAAGUUGUAUCCUCUUUCCCUAAUGUAGUACCAGCACCAGCUUCAAGAUCUUUUGCUCCAGGCCCUCGUCAUGAACUCUCUGAUUUCUGCCUUGUAUCCCUCUCACAAGUCAGGAAGCUCAUCACUUCACUUCCUUCUAAACACUGUAAGCUAGAUCCGAUUCCUACCUGGCUUCUAAAGGAAGUCCUCGAUGAACUCCUUCCUCACAUAACCAAACUGUUCAAUCUCUCGUUAUCAUCCGGAAUAGUUCCAGAGUCUUUUAAGACUUCUCUGCUUCUUCCCCUCCUAAAGAAGCCGAGUCUCGACACGAAUAGACUUAAGAACUACAGGCCCAUCGCAAACCUGCCAUUCCUUGGGAAGGUUUUGGAACGUAUUGUGUCACUACAGCUGAAAGCCCACAUUGACAAUCUCGGUUUGUUUCCAAUCCACCAAUCUGCCUAUCGGAAUCAUCAUUCUACUGAGACUGCAACUGUCAAGGUCCUAAAUGACCUACUUCUAGCUGUAGAUAAGGGUAAUGAAGCUGUCCUCAUCUUGCUUGAUUACAUUGCCGCAUUUGACACUAUCAACCACGACCUGUUACUCCAUCGCUUAGAGAACGACUUCUCCAUCCCCGGCACCGUACUUCAGUGGAUUCGCUCUUAUCUCAUGCACCGAACUCGAAGGUGA